AUGGAGGAGGAGGACCAAUUAGCUGCUGGAGUUAAAGAGGUGGUGGUGACCUCCCAGUCUCCUCCUCCCGUUGCCCCCAACAACAGCAGCACUCCCCCUCCCAGACACAACAAACUGAUCAAGAUGGAUAAAGAGCAGCUGAAUCUGGCCAGGAAACAAGACAAGGACCAUGAACAGACAGAAAGUCAGACAGGGUACGACCAGAAUGACCCUGCUGCUGCCCAGCCCACUGCCAUUGAAGUAGACGUAGAGAUCAAUAUUAUAGAGAAUGUUAAUGACAGCGAAUCCCCACUACCACCAUUAAAACUAAAUUCAAAACCUAAGUCAACAACCCCUCAAAAGAAGCGAAGGAAACCCUGCACUGCUGCGGUUCCUUCAGAAGGUGCGGUUACAGACUCUGUCCACCGGAGGCCAGCAUUGGUCAACUCUCCUUCCCAGGUCUCCAUCAUCUCUGAGGCUGCAGUGGAGGAGCUCUGUGACCUGAGGAACUACUACAGCAAACAGCUGAGGCGGAUAAACUACAUUUCCCAUGAGUACUUGCAGAAUCAGGGGUGCUCAGACCCAGGGGUGCUGGCCUGUAUCAGAGAGCCACUAAAGAGCCUGCGCCUCCCCCGUGGCUCAACCAUCGCCCGGACGGCACGCAACCUGUGGACCAGAGUCAGCUCCAGAAGGAAACUCAUCCAAAGAUGAACCUUGACCUUACAUGGGACAGUUAACAUUCAGAUGUGGACAAUACUGCAUCUCUCUUUCACGUCUCACGUUGCCAGACCUAGAGCCAUGGGGCAGACAAAUCUACUUUUUUCUGUGCCACUUAAUGUUCUAUUAUUCUGGAUUGGCUUUGACAGAGAAUAUCCCCAUCCAAGUUAGUUUGUAAUAUUUUACGGUUGGAUCAAUACCACUGUUAGCCUAAGAUGAAGAGCUGUUUUUGUUAACAUUUCAAUAUUUUACUUUGGAUAAACUAACUCCCAUGAACUGAAAGGUUUGUUGAACUGAAGAAUGUUUUCACAAUGUCACUUUUGUUUAUAUUCGAACAUUCCCUAAUCUAACAGCCACAAUGUGCACGCUAGUGAAUUUGAUUCACUCUAAUACGGUUUAUAAUACUGCACUGCAGCUUUGGAAUAAGAAGGUCCAUUCACAUUUGAGGAACACAGUAUAUAUCUUUAGCUAUCAUUAAUAAAAAUCUGAUUUUAAAAUGUAAA